AUGGCAAGAAAACACGAAGGUCGUGCCGUGGGAAUAGACCUUGGAACCACAUACUCUUGUGUUGCAGUGUGGCAGGAGCAACACAGUAGAGUGGAGAUAAUCCAUAAUGAUCAAGGAAACAGGACCACUCCUUCAUUUGUUGCUUUUACCGAUGAUCAAAGGUUGAUUGGUGAUGCUGCUAAGAAUCAAACUUCCGCCAACCCCGGAAACACCGUCUUUGAUGCUAAGAGAUUAAUUGGUAGGAAAUUUAGUGAUCCUCUUGUUCAGAAAGAUAUAAUGUUGUGGCCAUUCAAGGUCGUUGCCGGUGUAAAUGACAAACCUAUGAUUACCCUCAAGUAUAAGGGUCAAGAGAAGCAAUUUUGUGCUGAGGAAAUAUCAUCUAUGAUCCUUACAAAGAUGCGAGAAGUUGCUGAGGCAUAUCUGCAGUCUCCUGUCAAGAAUGCUGUUGUUACUGUGCCAGCUUACUUCAAUGAUGCUCAGCGAAAAGCCACUAUUGAUGCCGGUGCCAUUGCUGGCAUUAAUGUCAUUCGGAUAAUCAAUGAACCUACUGCUGCUGCUAUUGCUUAUGGUCUUGAUAAGAGAAGUGACUGUGAUAGUAAACGGAAUAUUUUUGUCUUUGACCUUGGUGGUGGUACUUUUGAUGUAUCUAUUCUCACUAUUAAAGGUGAUGUCAUUGAAGUAAAAGCCAUUGCUGGAAACACUCACCUAGGGGGAGAAGACUUUGAUAAUAGAAUGGUGAACUACUUUGUAGAAGAGUUUAAAAAGAAGAAUAAAUUGGAUAUUAGUGGUAACACAAGAGCCUUAAGGAGGUUAAGAACUACUUGUGAAAGGGCAAAAAGGAUACUCUCCUUUGCUUUUGUAACCACAGUUGAGGUAGAAUCUUUAUUUAAUGGAAUUGACUUCUUUUCAUCAAUAACUCGUGCCAAGUUUGAGGAAAUUAAUAUGGACCUUUUCAAUGAGUGUAUGAGAACUGUCGAGAGUUGUCUUAGUGAUUCAAAGAUAUACAAGAGUGAUAUUGAUGAAGUUGUUCUUGUUGGCGGUUCGUCUAGGAUUCCCAAAGUGCAGGAUCUAUUGCUAGAAUUUUUCAAGGGGAAGGAUUUGUGCAAGAGUAUCAAUUUGGAUGAGGCUGUUGCUUAUGGUGCGGCUGUUCAAGCUGCUAUUUUGAGUGAAGGGUUUAAGAAUGUACCAAACUUGGUGGUGCGAGAUGUUACCCCAUUGUCACUUGGUAUUGCAGUAAAUCUUGAAGAUAUCAUGGAUGUGGUGAUUCCUAGAAACACUUCCGUACCUGUCAAGAAGACCAAACAAUAUUCUACCGGUAAAGAUGGUUGCGUUGUCUCGAUUAAGGUUUAUGAAGGCGAGAGAGCAAGAGCCACAGACAACAAUCUGCUUGGUAGGUUCAGCCUUUCUUGUCUUCCAAGUGCUCCUCGAGGCCAGCCCUUGAAAGUUUGCUUUACCAUCGAUGAAAAUGGUACCCUAACAGUUUCUGCUAAGGAAAUAUCUACAGGAAAUAUGAACGAGAUUACCAUAACCAAUGACAAAGAAAGGUUGUCAACAUUCGAAAUUAAAAAAAUGAUUGAAGAAGCUGAGAGAUACCACGUGGAAGAUAAGAAAUUUUUAAGGAAGGCUGAAGUAAUAAGUGCAUUGGAUUCUUGUAUUUACAAUAUUAAUAAUGCUUUAAAGAAGAAUGAUGUUUAUUCAAUGCUCACCUCUCAAGAAAGUGCAAAGAUCAACAAUGCAAUUAUUGUUGGCAUGAAUUUGCUUGAUAAGAAUAACCAACAGAAAGAAAUUGAUGUUCUUGAGGGUCAUCUGAAGCUGCUGGAUAGCAUAUUUGAAAACCUUAAAGCCAAGACCGGCUAGUUUUAUUUUUCUUUAUUUAGAUUUCAAGUGAUGUCUUUCUUUUG